AUGGCAAAUAGAGAAGAUCUUGGGAAGAUUGGUGAGGAGGGCUUCUCCAUCAUAGAUAUGUAUUACAGGCCAAAACCACCACCGGUUUAUAGCCAAAAAUACGAAUACUUUGUUCCAAACUCGCACCUGGUUUGGAGAGGCUUUGCAGCUCCAAAGAGUAUCGAUAGCAAACAUGCGGCCACAAGAUACGAAGCAGGGCCCGUGAUUGAUAGCAACCAGGCCGCGAAAAUAUAUGGAGGGCACAGCCACGCUAGGCCAUCGUCGUGCACACCGCCAGAUCGAGAGUUCUCGUCGUACGUCGUACGUCACAACACACGUAUCGUCGCUGAGCAACAACGGUCAAUCACCAUACGCAUGAUGUCCGCCCUUCAGCCCUCCGCCGUGCACAACUGUAGCCGCCGGCGACGCCAUAGACUCCGACGAACAAGUUUUGUUUUUGUUUUUGAAGAGCUUUUGCGAAGUUGGGAACUAGACCUAAUUUGUGGGGUGUCGUCGGCCACGUUUGACGGUUUUUUCCAAGUAGAACGUGGUAUUUUAGUCUUGGCCAUUGAAGCGUAG